CAGUCUGUAUUUAUAUGAAGUUUAUUGGGUCUUGUUGUUUCUCUGUAAUUGAUAGGUGUUUUGAGGGAAAUUUACUUGUAAAUUACAGGCUAUUAGUUAUGAAGCAUUUUUUAUUCUAAUGUCGGUUUGAUUUCAGUGAAAAUGAAUAGGUUUGUAACUGAAGCUGAGGUAGAGGAGACAAAAAAGAAAAGAGCAGAAGAAUGGGAAAAAGCACGAGCUGCUGGUCGUGAACUACCAAAUGAAGAACCUCAAGAUUUUCGUCCUUUGUAUGAGCGGUUAAAGGAACAAAAGGAUAAAAAACAAGAGGAAUUUGAAGACCAACUCAAAUUUAAAAAUAUGAUUUACAAAGGUCUAAAUGAAGAAGAUGCAUCAUUCUUAAGUACAGUUGCCAAAAAACAAGCCGAACUUGACGCAAAACGAUUCGAUAACGAAUCUGAAGAAUUACAGGAAUUCAGAACUGCACGUGAAAGUGUUGCAAAUGAAGGAAAGAACCUGUCAACAAAUACAAAGAAACAAAAAAUUUCGGCAGAUUUUGUUGCUAAAGGGAAAAGUCAAGCUUCACUUCUUUCUUCAUUGGUUGUCAGGAAAAGGAAGAUUUCAAAGGACAAUGAACCAACUGAUCCAAAUAAAUUGAAACAACAACCUGAUGAUCAAGGUGAUAAUAAAAAGAAAAAGGAUGAAAAGGCUUUUAGUGAUGUAAAGGAAAGAGAAGGCAAUGCUGAGAUAAAGAAUAAAAAGCCUGUUCUUUGUUUAGCAGAUUAUCCUUCCAGCUCUGAUGACGAAGGAGAUUGACAAUUCAGCAUUCCUCUCAUUUUUCAAGACAAACCUUCUAUUGAAACUGUUUGAAGCGUUUGUGGAAAGUAAUCCUGAUUGAUCUCACCAAUGAAUUAAGUGCCAUUAGUUUUGUGAAUUUGUACAGGUGAUGUACAAAGAAACAUACUAAAGCAAUGAAAAACAUGGUGCUGGUUUAUUAUCCAUUAUGGAAUAAUGACUUGUUCAUACUUGUUCUCACAGCUUGCUGUUUGUAGCAUGUAUACUCUGCAUUAGACUGAAUUGAAAAUACUGCUCAGUUUAACAUCCACAUGUAAAAGACUUUAAACGAUUUAUGUUUAUUGCAACAAAAGAAAUUUUAGUUCGGUUU